UUAUUUUUCUCUGAAAAAACUUGUGGAGAGAGGAGAAGGAGGAAGGGAGAUUGAGGGCGAUCUUUUGCCAAUUUGUCUUGUUCUGCCUCCCCAGUCCUUACACACACAUCACUGUGAGCGAUAUCUUCAAAAGGGAGGGUGGGGGGAAAAUAAUUUAGGAGAGGAAAGAGAAAGGGAGGGAGGAAGGCAGAAAAAAUGUUCAGUUGGCUUAAAAAGAACGAGAAAAAGGAUCCUGAAGUGAUUCACACUGUGACUGAAGGACUGAAGAAACUGUACAAGACGAAGCUGUUACCAUUGGAAGAGUUUUACAGGUUUCAUGAUUUUCACUCGCCGUCACUGGAAGAUGCUGAUUUUGACAACAAGCCCAUGGUGCUGGUGGUGGGACAGUAUUCCACAGGAAAAACCACUUUCAUCCAGUACCUCUUGGAGCAAGAUUUCCCCGGGAGCCGAGUGGGACCUGAACCCACCACCGACUCCUUCACCGCGGUGAUGCACGGAGAAGUGGAGAGUGUUAUUCCAGGCAAUGCCUUGAUCGUGGAUCCCAACAAACCCUUCCGCAAACUCAAUCCCUUCGGCAACUCAUUCCUCAACAGGUUAACCUGCGCCCAGUUACCCAACAAGGUGUUGGAGAGCAUCAGCAUAAUAGACACGCCCGGGAUCCUGUCAGGCACUAAACAACGAGUGACCAGAGGCUAUGACUUCCCAGCCGUCCUGCAGUGGUUUGCGGAGCGAGUGGACAGGAUCAUCCUGUUGUUCGACGCUCACAAGCUGGAGAUCUCCGACGAGUUUUCAGCCGCCAUCGGGGCCUUGAAGGGGAACGAGGAUAAGAUCCGGGUGGUGCUCAACAAAGCCGACCAGGUUGACACCCAACAGCUGAUGAGGGUUUACGGCGCCCUCAUGUGGUCGCUUGGGAAGGUCAUCAACUCCCCCGAGGUCAUGCGUGUCUACAUUGGCUCCUUCUGGUCAGAGCCACUGCUGAUCUCCGACAACCGCCGGCUGUUUGAGCUGGAGGAGCAAGACCUGUUCCAGGACAUCCAGAACCUGCCCAGGAACGCCGCACUCCGCAAGCUCAAUGACCUGGUGAAAAGAGCUCGCCUUGUCAGGGUCCAUGCUUACAUCAUGAGUUCCCUGAAGAGGGAAAUGCCGGCCAUGUUUAGGAAGGAAAACAAAAAGAAAUACCUGAUCAAUAACUUGGGGAAAAUCUUUGCUCAGAUUCAGUUGGAGCAUCACAUCUCUCCAGGCGACUUCCCAGAUUGUACCAAGAUGCAGGAACAGCUGAUGAUUCACGACUUCACAAAGUUCCACUCACUGAAGCCCAAGAUGAUGGAGGCACUGGACGACAUGUUGGCGUUUGAGAUCUCAAAGCUGAUGCCGCUGGUCAGACAGGAAGAGCUGGAGAUGCCGGAGCAGAUAGUUCACGGUGGGGCCUUUGACGGGACAUCUAAUGGGCCCUUCAUCGAGGGAGUGAACGAUGGAGCCUUCGAGGCGAGAGACGAGGACGAGUGGAUCGUCACCAAGGACAAGCCCAAAUAUGACGAGAUCUUCUACAAUCUCUCGCCCACUGACGGCAAGAUCAAUGGUGUCAAGGCCAAGAAUUGGAUGAUCACCACCAAGCUGCCCAACUCCGUGCUCGGAAAGAUCUGGAAGUUGUCGGAUGUGGACAAGGACGGAAUGCUGGAUGACGAGGAGUUCGCUCUGGCCAGUCACCUGAUUGAGGUCAAGCUGGAUGGACACGGGCUCCCCAACCAGCUGCCAGGAUACCUCGUGCCCCCCUCAAAGAGGAGGCCCGUGGGCUCGGCGGAGUGAGCCAGACCAGACCCGCGCUCAGUCACUGUGUUGUGGAAAAUGUAGCCGGGGAAGAGACUGGGGGGGAAGAGAGGAACAAGGAAGGGAAGUCACCCAUUGUCACUUAAUUCGAGAGGUUAUUGAUUGCUUUAUCUCCCUCCCACCUUGCUUUCUCAUUACCUUCAUCUUUCUUUCUUCCUUUCUUUUGCUACCUCCCUCUGUCUCCUUCUUUCCCACUCUCAUGCCUCUUUUUCUCUUUAUCUAUCUCCCUCCACACUUCUCUCCCCCUCCUUCCUCUCUCCCUCUCACCCCAAGUCAUCCCUAGAACAGUGACCGACGCAGGCUCUUGGGUUUGCUCUCUCUCUCUCUCCCCUUCUUGUUACGAUUGAAUUUGAUGCGUUUAGCAUCCGCUUGAGUCUGGUCUCCUGGGCUGCUCUCUGGAGGCCUAGACAUUGUACCACAUGGCAGGUGCCAUAUACGUCAAUCUCCUUUUAACUCUAUCACUAACUGCCCACAAGAUUCUGAAGUACGUUUACGUUCAUACAACGUAGUGCAAUGGAGUCUCUGUUUGCUUCCAUCUCCAUUACAUCCCUCGGGGCUUGGCUGUCCAUAUACCCGUUAAGACUGAGCCCCGCUAUUCACUCCCCGCUUCUUCCGUGUUAUAACAGGUCACGUUGCACAGAGAACUGUACUGUGUGUGAGAAUGCCAAGCAGUCCACCCCCCCACCCGGUGAGAUCACUGACUCCAGGAGGACAUUCUGCACUCCGCACAGGAAGCUGGCCAGUCAAGCAGGAAGUGCUCCCUGUUUUGGGAAGGGGGUGGGGGGGUGCACAUUGCCUGUGCUAUAUACUGAGGUGUGCUAUAAGGUGUGCUAUAACAGAAUGCGCUGUUUUAUAUAUUUCAACACUUUGCUCAUUUGAGUCUUGCUAAUUGGUGAGGUUCAAUGGUCUUUUAUCUGUAUCAAACACACACAUAAACCCAGAACAAUGCAUUUCCUUCCUGCACUAUUUACGCCCCUGGAAUUGCUGAGCAAUAAAUGGAUCUAAUUCAAACAACUAAUUGCCAGAGAUCUGAAACAACUACAAGAGGAUUGCUUAAUUCUCUCUGGGGCCUUAGCCGAUGCUGGGGGAGAGGGGCUGAAUUAAAUUCAGUUAAAAGUUUGGUCUGAUGAAUUGGGAGAGGGGGUCUAUCGAUUGUGGCUGCUUGGAGGACUGGCUGUGGGCCUCCUCAAGACUCAGUCUUUCCCCUUAAAGAAUAAAAUGGCCAUUGGUCAGUGUUUCCGAGUCUUCGGGUUGCUGCUGACCUCACUUCCUGUGACAGGAAGAUGGCCACGGCAGUUUGAUGGACUCCUGAGUCAGAGAGACUGGCCUCUACUGCUAAUAGCCUCCGACUGCACCAAACAGGUCAGGUCCAACCUACACAAUGAGAUGGUCACCAGGGUGAGCUUCUCUUCCAAAAGAAGGAAUGUGCUGGUCAUAGAAUCAUAGGAUUAUACAGCACAGAAGGGGCCAUUUGGCCCAUUGUGUCUGUGCCGGCUUUUUGAAAAGAGUUUCCAAGUUAAUCCCACUCCCCCUCACUCUCCCCUUAGCCCGGCAAACUUGUCCUCUCCAAAUAAUUAUCUACUUCUCUCUUAAAAGUUGUUAUGGAAUCAGCUUCCAUCGGCCUUCCAGAGUUCCUGGAAUUUCAGAGUCUUUAGCUUUAGCAACGAAGGAACCUUGUGGGAAAUUGAGUAACUCUAAUGGACAACUUGUCUGGGCCUUUUACAAGGAAGGGAUGUUUACCUCUUAUUAUAAUCCUCAAAUUUGAUAAAUUUGAUAUUAUCAUGUCUUGACUGAAGCCCUGUACUCUAAUCCCAAUCCAUGCUCUCUCUCUCCCCAUCAUGUCUGUGCUGGUGCUCGCUGCCCAUUGUGCAAUAUGUUAUGUAUUCUGUUGUGCUGAAAUAUCUUUUCGCUGAUGAUGUAAGUUUUUUUUACGUUUUACUCACUGAAAUACACUGCACAAGUAUUCCAAGUUUUCGUUUCACAGACUUCCCAGGUUUUCAUAUUUUAUUUUACUCUCUACGGCUUUCCUUGUAUAAUCCCGAUUCUAAUUAAAACACGAGAAAAAAGGAAA